UAUUUACACCGGAUUUUGCGCAAUAUUAGCGCAGACUUGGUGCACGCUAACGCUCGAAACCAGCAUGGCGUUUUGUGAUAGCAGGCAGUUGAUGGUUAAAUGAAAACUGAACAGUCUGAAUCGAUGUACAAGUAUAUUGCUGUUCCGUUGCUUGGUUUGAUAAAAAAAGGCGUUUCCUGCUCACUGUAGAGUGCAUUGGAAACAAGGCAGCAAAAAGGAGCCUUAACGCUUUGGACUUGUUUAACUAGCUGGCUAACGAGUGUUAGCAAUGUAUGCCUGUUCAAACGUAAACAUCCGGCCGCUGGUUUGCGCAUGUAUGCGUCGUAGAAAGCAGCUUGUUUUAAAUUUUAAAUCUCUACCGGCACCUGAUUAAUCAGCAGUUAUCGGUAUAAACCUGGUUUCUCUGAAUUACAUUGUUCGAAGACAUUUUAGGAGUAACACGCUGCGUUGAACUUCCUCAGAUAGCCAUGAUACCGAGUCUGGAAGUUUGCUGUUGCUGGUUAGCUCUGGUUUUGUAGCUGACCUUUGGCUUGAUGGAAGCUAUCACACUUCUGAUCAUUAUGUUCUUGUAGUGGAGACCAGAAAUGUCCAAUUACACAACAAGGAUGAUUUAGAACUGAUUUAAAUCGAGAGAAGUGAACUGACUUGCAGUUAUCAUUGAGGAGAUCAUAAUAUGGGUUUGCUUCACUUUGUCUUCAGUGCUCUUGGAAAGUGCAUUGACCUCAUUUGCCUGCUUCUGGACAUAAAUUUCAUGAUUGUCAACUCUCUAGUUCGGUUGUUUGCAGCGCUCAUCCACCUGAUCAGCAGUUUUCCCAUGCUGCUCACUAAUUCACUGUUGAAAUGUGUGGAUCUCUCUCUGUUCUACGUGAUCACCAUGAUGGACGGCAUGACUGCUGUGACCCACAAUGUGAUCGGAGGCUGGAUGCAGCUACUUGGAGGAUUGCUUGAAAGCUGUAAAAUGAUGGGCUACCUGUCCACGCAUGUACUGCUGCGCACCAAAGAGCUUCUGCAUCGUGGCCUGCUCUCAGGACAAGGCUUUCUGCGGCAGAUCUGCGAGGGCUGCGGCAUUGUGUUUAGCCUUUUGCUUUACUUUAUCAACACCAUCAUCAAUCUUCUGCUUAUAGGAACACAGAACCUGUACGCUUUGCUGCUCGGCAUGGUCGAAGCUGUAGCCGGCCCUUUCCAGAAAGCUCUUGAGCUGGCCUUGACUGUCCUUACCUUCUUCUACAGCACCCUGGUGGGGACCUCGCUUCUACUCUGGACGCCAUGCAGACUAGCCGUGGAGUUUGUGAGUUCUCUAGGACACCUCUUGAUCAGUGUCUUCUUGCUAAACUCCUAUGGGCUGCUGCUGACCGGAGCCCUAAUCAUAAGUGCCAUCGUCUACCUGAAUCCUGCUCUGUGUCAGAGAGGAGUUCAGCGAAUCAUUGACUAUGUUAACACAGCGCCCGCUCUGCAGCGGCUCCAGAGAACACGACAGUGGUUGUACUUGCUGGAAAGACACUUGUGGCAGGGUGUAGCCUGGGUGCCCAGUCGUCUUGGUCUUUGGAUGACGUUUGCAGGAAGGGGGACUCUCAGAACAGGAGAAGGGACGGUUCAGGAAGUCAACACUGAGCAAGACCCUACCGACAUGCCUGGAAGAGCAGAAACGAGGGACGACGAUGCUGUAGACGAACCCCAGGCAGUGCAACCAGCUCCUGAACCCCUGGACCAGACGCACCCUAGUUGCAGCUCUCGCAGACCACUGCAGAAAAUGGCGUCUGAGGACAGCUGCAAAGCCCCUGCUGCUGAGAACCUGCUCACACUUCUUCAGGAGCAGGAGGAGAGAAAGAAGUGUGUGAUAUGCCAGGACAGCACCAAGACUGUUGUGCUUCUGCCCUGCCGCCACUUGUGCUUAUGCAGACACUGUACCAACAUCUUGCUGCGCCAACCCAUCUACCAGCACAACUGCCCUCUGUGUCGCCGCAUGAUCCUCCAGACCAUGGACGUAUAUCUCUGAAGAACUGUUUAAUUGAUAUGUUGAUGAAUCUCAGGUUAACAAAGCACGGCUGUUUUCCCAUUGUGAGCUGCGUUAGUCAGUAAGGCUGUGCAAAUUCUGUUGUCCAUUCCACUGUGCUGAAUCUUUUGCUAAUGUUGAUUGUAAAUACACAUGAACAUUCCCUUUUAUACACAUACACAUGUUGAGGCUUGUAACUAUGACACAGCCCUUUUGUAUGUCCCUUUUGUAUUGAUGCACACUAAAUUUUAUACUGGAGUGUUGAAUACAUGAUUGUAAGUUUUACUUGGAGUAAGAACUGCAAAGAUUAUAUCAUUUUACUGCAAUCCAAACCAGUGUAUGCACUAUCCAGUGGCCUAAACGUGAGCUGUUAUUAGGCAUAUAUUUGUGAUGCAGUACUCUAGCCUUAUAAUGUGAAUGACUUGUUAUUGCCUGACUCCUCGAAUUGCAAAUCACUUUCUACAAAUUCCAUUUGUUGAAAUGGUUUAUUGAUUUGCUCUGAGUGCUGUUGCUGCACAUAUUGUUUUACUAUUUCUGGAAGCCAUUUGUAGGGUCUGAUGUUAAAAAUAGUUGAUAUCCAAGCUGUUUUGUUAAUCCACUUUAAACAUUGAUGUCUUGAUUUAGUGUUAAUCUGUGUCCUUGGAUAACUGCUAUUGAUUGGUGCGAUAUGAAAUUCAAACAUCAGAAAUCCAAAAUCUUUCAUGUUAUUUUAUUAGACGAUAAGUAGAUAAGUUUUAAGAACCAUAUUUCUGAUGAAAGAAUUAAACACUGUUAAGCAAAUGAGUCUUGACAAAAUCAAUCCUGAACCAAAUUAUGAGCAAAUCAUUUUUUUCGGCAGUUAUACAAAAAAAAAAAAAUGCUCCAUAUUUACUAUUUAAAUCUGAAACAGCACAUAAUCAGGGUAAUAUCACAAGCUUUAACACAAAUGUUGUGUGUUUAUACAAGCUACAGUAUUAUUGCUGUCAUUGUUGAGUGUUAUUCACUGCAUUGUGUUGUUUUGGGCACAGUAACCAAACAGACAUUAACCAAAUACAGCAAGUUAAACUGU